UUUAACGUUCCGUAAGUUUGCCAUACGCAGUCCGUAUAUUGACUUUGACUUUUAAUCUGCUACAUCAAACAUUUUUUCUAUUCUUAUCACGAGUCCAUCCGGAAUAUAGCGAUUUUCACAGUGCAUGUCAUAUCACAUCAGUUCUGUUGGCGGUUGCGAAUAGAAGAUACGCAAUUAUUAGUGACAACCGCGAGCUAUGUUGUACUUGCAGAUAAUUAUGCUUCGUUGGCGUGGUAAAAUCGCAGUCGUUACCGGCGCUGCAUCCGGCAUCGGCGAAGCAAUUACACGUGGUCUUCUGCAAAAUGGAGUGAACGUGGUUGCUCUGGAUAUCCAGAAAGAAAGAUUAGCAAAGCUCAAUGCGGAAUGUAAGCAGGAAGGUUCCCGAACCUUGGGCACGUUGUAUACUAUAUGCUGCGAUAUAAAUAGCGAGGACGACAUCAAAAAAGCAUUCUCAGAAGUCGAGACGUUAGGUGGUGUGGAUAUUAUGGUCAACAAUGCAGGCAUUAUUAAGCGUUCACGAAUAAUAGAUAGCAAGGGGAAGACAUAUGAAAAACUAUUAGAUACUAAUGUCCUUGCAGUCGCCGUGUGUACGAACAAAGCAGUGUCUUCGAUGCGCAAACGAAACGGUGAAGGACAUAUUUUUACUAUUACCAGGUAUUGUUAUAGGCACUUACUUGUUUGGUUUUUUCAGACCAUUAGUCCUGGUUCUGUAAAAACAAAUAUAUUUGAACAUUCGGAUGCAAUGAGAGACUUCUUCGAGAAAACAGGUGAAAUUCUUCAACCGUCAGACAUAGCGGAUGCAAUCAUUUACGCUCUUGGAACACGACCGGAAGUUCAGGUUACGCAUGUUACCAUUCAGCCCACCGGGGAGUCUCACCAUUGAGAAUCGCAAGACAGUAAUUGUCUUUGAAUUUUCGUUUAUUCCAAUUUUUAAUAUUAACACACAAAUGCUUUCUAAAAAUGUAAUGUCAGUUGAAACAUAUAGUAACAUCUGAAGAUCAAGUGUAACCAGUUGUAAACAGUAUUGUUUAAAAGAAUAAAUAAUUACUGAAAAGUUUCAUUAUUCAAUAA